GUGGUAGUAGAGGUGGGGGAAGUGGGGAUGGAGAGGGCAGUAAGGAGGGAGGACGGAAGAAGCGUAGUGGUGCAGCGGUGGCGGAUAGUGAGCAGAGACGGAGUGGCGGAGAUGGGAGCGCGGCCGGGCAUAGCGAUAUUCCCGAGGAGGACGAUGAAGAUCUGAACACGGACGACGAGAUUCUGAACGCCUCGAUCACGAUCAGCUCCAACUCGACGACGAACGUGUCCAUGACGACGGCGGCGACCGCGGCGGAGAAGCUUCUCUAGCAGCACGGGUCGGACGCGGGUAGCCAGGUGUUCAACAUGGCUACCGCGUCGUCCUCCGCAGCCGGUCCACUGCCAGCGUCCCGGUCGCACGAUGUCGUCGACUCCGGCAGCCGGCAGCCCAGCCACAGCAACUCGAUCCGCAGCAACAGCACCAAAGCGACGGUGCACAUCAACGGCGUUGCCGUGGAUCACUUCCAGCAAAACUCGGACGUCGACGAGGACGUGGCGGCGUCGGCGCUGGGCGGCUCCUGCCAGAACAGCGACAUCCGCGGCUUCAUCUCGUACUCGAGCGACAGCAGUAUGAUCGAGCUGAACCUCAAGUUCCGCAAGUGCGCGUGCAACGAGAACAUUAUCAACAUUUCCAAAGAGAACUUGCAGCAGCAGCAGAAAGAAGUAGAAGGUCAACAUCGAACCACCACCACCACAGCCACUUCCUCAACGUUCAGCAAAGAAGGUAACAGUAAGAAAUUACUACAGUUAAACAAAGACAAUUUGAAUAGUUUAGUGAGUAAACUGAACGAUACGAAUAGCUCAUCCUCAUCGUGUACAAAAUGUAGAUUGACGUUAGAUAUAAAUAAUAUUUUAAAUCAGAUCGUUAGCGAUAGACAAGUCAAGUGUGAGACAAAGCUGGUAGUCGAUCAGGAAGCGGUUUCUGGGGCUGGGGCUGGAGCAGCAGUAGAUUCGGACGACGGAGAAGACCCGUCCAACGGACGGACGCUCAAGGUGGUGGGCAGUCCCUCGAAGGCCGCAAGCUGGUCACCGUCGCCGUUGUCGACUUCCCCCUCCCCAAGGGCGAUCGCCGCCGAAGACCUGAACCGGCUGCAGCGACGUCACAGCGAAAACGUCGAGCGCCGCUCGAUCGGAAUCCAACACGGUCUCAGACCAUCCGUACAGCGCAAGAAGCACCAGCUCCGCCGAGGAAAGACCCAAGCCGAAGAGAUCAUCAUCAUCUCGGACGAGUUCCGGCGCCAGUCGCUGUCCGACCAGAAGGUCAGAAUCUCCCGCGGCGCAUCCAAAAAAGCCAUCUCCAAAUCGAUGGAAAGCAUCGAGGACAAAACACCACCCAACGGCAAAACCGUGGGCGUCCACCUCGAGGAGGACACGCUCACCGUCGUGCUGGACUCCGCCAAGUCCAAGUCCAAAUCCGUCGACGACAUCUCGCUCGGCUCGAACCACAACGAGGAAGAGUUCGGUCCGUCCACCCCGCUGGCAACCUCCGCCGCCGCCACCAACAGCGUCGAGCUGGUCUUCAUCUCGGACGAGUUUGUGCAGCGCAAGAGCAAAACCAGCUCCGACGUGAUCGUCGUCGUUGACGCCAACCGCAGGAGCUCGGGCUCGAAGCGACGCAAAUCCGCGUCCGCCGCCCUCGCCCGGAACCAACUCGUCAUCAUCACCGACGAAGCCGACAAGAAGAAGCCCAAAGACGUCCGGAUCGUGCGCAGCGCAAAAGAUCCGCGCCGCAAGACGACCAUCUCGAACUCGAACUCGUUCCUCACCUACGAGGAGCCCUUUUCGCCGGAGACGCUCGAGAGCAAGGACAUUGGCACGAUGUUUGCGGAGGCGAGCGAAGCGGCGGCGCUGGCCGCGGCCAAGUAGAACGUUGAAUGCUCAUUUGUUAUGCCCGUUUAACCCUGCCCUCACUGCUACCACAUAAUUUCUAGGGAGAAAUGUGGCGCUGUCGUGAUUGUUCUAUUGCUUUCGGUGUUUUCGUUCUCUAUUUUUGAUUUUUUUUUUAGAUGUUUUAUUGAGCGAUUCUCUGGCGUUAAUCGAUUGGAUUUUGUGUUUUCUGAUCGGCUUAUUAAACUUUUUAUCUUGGAUUUCCUGGGAAACAACUCUGAGGUUUCGUACAUUUUUGAAUAACAAAUCGAGUUCUACAAUUCUGAAAAAAAUAAAAAUCAUCUUAAUUGUCAACUAUCCUCUUCCAAUUUCUUUGAAAAUUUAAAACAGGAAAGCUCUGUCCAGAUCCAUACCUUAUUUCGGGGUGAAAUCAUUGUCAUAAUUCAUACCGAACUAACGUUUGAAACUAUUGAUUCAUAUUGCAUACUGCAUUUCGGUAUGAAUUUUGAUUAUUUUCAUUUAAAAUUCGAUAAGCAUUUAAAUCUAUUUUAUAAUUCAGAGGAGCCUCCCAAAUCUUUAGUUCGAGGAUCAUCCUAUUUGGAUAUUGGUAUUCAAUCUUGGUAUAAAAUCGCCAGAUUUGUUUUUCAAAGAAAAUAUUUUUUCCCAAGGCCUUUGGAUAAUCUAGUCUGGACUGUACUCGGAACAUGAUUGAUCUGCAACAAUUCUAGAGUUUUUUUUUUUUUUUUUUUUUUGAAAAGGUCCUAUAAACUAUUGUGUUUCAUAUGUUUAUAGGACCUAUUUAAAAUAAACUCUAGAAUUAUCAAAACUGCCCUACUGCCACUUACUUCUUCAUAGAACGCUUGAUCCCAGUUCGGAAUGGAAAUAAUGUGUGUUUGGUGUUAAUAUUUCAUUUUGGUAUGAUUUUUUAAUUCAUGCUGAACUCUACUAUGAAGAUAAUUGAUUUCUAUAUGUUAUAUCAAUACGAACUGAUUUUUAUUUGGAUCUCAGAGGCAAUAAUCUACAACUGCUUUAAACAACUCUGCGAUUGUUAUUUUUUUUUCUUUUGGGAUCUUCUGAUCAUGAUCAUGUACUUGACGUGAAAUGGAAACGGACAUGUAUGUUCAGGAUUUAUGCUUCAUUUUGGUAUACAUUUAUUUGAUGUUUUCUUAAUUCAUGCCGAACUCUGAUAUGAAGCUAUUGGUGCAAACUUUAUUACUAUAAUUCGGUAUGAUUCCUAUUGAUUUGUAUUGAGUGAUUUACCUCAAGAUUAUUUUUUUUUUUUUCAAAAACCGAAAAUCAGUUUUAAAAAUAUAUGUUAUCUCAAAAAAGUUUUAAACAAUUUAAAUGCUGAAUUCAGCACUUUUGAAAUCGAAAUUUUCGUCAUUUGGAGGACAGAAAAUGGGAAAGUUCAGAACAAAUAGAACUCAGUUUGGUAUACAGUAUAUCAGUUUCAAUUCAAUGUCAAAUAGUGAACACAAAAAAUGCAUAACAAAUUUGUUAAGUGGAGUUUCAAAACAUUGUAGUGCUUAUUUCUGAAUAAUUGCUAGUUCUUUUCAUAUGAUUAAUGCCAUUGAAAAUAUCUUUUUAAACUUUGGUCUCUCAACUAGACUAAUAGUUAUCGAGAGGAAGUAUAAAAUAAAAAAAAUCAUGUCACGAUAUCAACUUUUCAGAAACUCAUAAAACGUAUUUUGGUUUCAUCUUGUGGCGGUCUUGUUUAUCACAAUUUCACCAAUAACAAUAUAUUGUUAAAAGAGUCCAACCAUGCUUAAUAUUUUAUCAGCAUAGGAAAGUGCAUUUCAAAUCGUUUGCAAUACAUUUCAAGACUAUUUCCAAUGGAAUUUUUGAAAUCUCUUAAAAAUAAUUUCCCUUAUUUUUUCGGACUUAUUUUUAAGGGAGGAUAAACUAAUUUGGAAAUAUUUUAAAGUUAAUUUGAUUUUUUUUCGGUUCGGUAUGCAUUUCUUUUGUAUUUGGUUUCGUAAAAUCAUUCUGAACUCAAGUAUUAAACUAUUAUCUUUAACUGAAAAAUCUAAAUAAAGAAUAAAACAAAAAAUGUAUUAUUGUUUCAUUGAGUUAUUAGGCAGAAAAUUCAUAACGUUCGAUCGAUUAACGCUAGAGAAUUACCCUUCUGUUAGUUGUUCCUCCUGAUUCUAUUGUACAAACGUUUGUUCAAAUCUUGUUGUUCCGUUCCCCUAACAGCAACGUCCUGCUUUGAUUGGCUUGUCAACCAAUUGGUGUUUUCUUUCACCAAAGGUCAAAUCUUCAUCUGCGAUUAAAACGCAAUUAAAUGAUAAACAAAACAAAAAUGUUUUAAUAGAUGUUACAUUGCAGCAACCGUAGAUUGAUUUACACUCUUAUGUACAGCACCAAAUUAGCGCAAAACCUUAUCCCCGAAACGAUAAUGGCUGAAAUUAUGAAACUGAAAAUGUCUGACUGAUGUAGUAAGCACAAACAUAUACCAGCAAAACUAACAGUAGAAGUUAACACACACACACACACUCAAAGACACUCACACGAUCAUCAUCACGAGAAUCCGAGAGUAAUCGCAAGCUACCUAGUUCCGAUAAUCUUACACCAAUGUUGUUUUUCCACCUUCAUUGCAGAUCUGAUCUGAAUUCACCUUAUUGCCGUCCCAUUACUAGCAAAAAAAAAAACAACAAACAAAACUAAACAAAGCAAAAUCAAAGUAUAAAUGUUGCAAUUGUGUCUGUGUGGUUCAAUCACACCAACACAAAGACACACACACACACACCCGUAGCGAAAACCCCUUCCGGAGAUCAAUCUUUGUCGAUGUAGUCGCGUGUAUUUGUAUUGCCACAAACACACUCACACUAAUUUAUAUAUAUACUAGCUACUAGGAAUGCGUGAGCGUGUGACGUCGUGCGUGCGUGUGUAACCUUAAUCCUUCCUGAAUGAAAAACGAAAAAAAGAGAAAAAUGUGACAGAUACUGUGAGCACAACAUUAGAUUCCCCCUACAUAUAUUUUUGGAUCUUGCAAUAUAUUGUGUAGCUUAAAAAUGGUGAUUCCUGCAUCAAACAUGAAAGACUUGAAGGCUUCCUAAACCUUUAGUGGAGACAGAAAAAAAAGUACGAACUGUGUAACAUUCCUUCCCCCCUCCUUCCAUCUCUCUAUUGUUUUGUACACUCUCUCCUCGGCACUCUGUGAUCAGACCCCCACAUGAGCAUACCCCUUUUCUGAGAAAGUUUUCCGUGUAGAAUAGCCCGUGCUCUGCUCCCCUUUUGCAUUUAUAUCACCGCGUGUCUGUAUUUGUGUUCGUAACUUUGCGGCGAGAACAAUAGCAAACCAAAUGAAAAAGAUACUUUUCGUUGAAGAGUAGGCGGGUGAGAACUGACUUUCUAAAUCUUCCGUUUUGCAGCCGCAGAUUAAGUGAGAGUGAAAGAAAGAGAGGUCAUCGUCAGCGAGUGUAUGAAUGUUAGGCACCCUUUUUUAGAAAAGAGAACAUUUUUUCAAAAAAAACGCACUCAUAAACCUACCGCAAGCUACAACUACUACAACCGAGAGGACCGCAUACAUGUAGAGAUUUACCUAACGAAGCAAAACAGGCAAAUCAAGCAACAACCAACCAGAGAUUGUGACUGCACUAGGAAGGAAACAAACCAAUCCUGUUUUCCAAUCCCAAUUUUUGCUCGUGACAGCAUAUUAUAAAAAUAUACAUUACCGAAUACAGAAGUAUAUUGAUGAGAGAGGACGCUGAAGAAAUUUGAAAAAAAAAUCGUAUCAUGUAGGUUAAAUUAUACGACAAUGUAAACUUAUUAAUAUAAACAAAAACAUCAACACACACACACAAGUAUAUGAAAGUAAGGUGUUUACAAUUAAUCGAAUUCGAAUUCAAAUUAUUCUGCAGCAAAAAAAAGAUACUUCAAAAAUAUGCAAUAUAUAAAAUUAAACAGAAAAAAAAAAUCUACACAAAAACUAAUUUCAAAACACACUCACACCGCCACGUGCAACAGCGCAACCAAAAAAACCGUUCGCGUUUGAUUGUUUUUAUUUGUGAUUUAUUGUGGUGAGUUUUCAACCCAGAAUUCCCCACCCGCACACACUUCCCUGCCCCUUUUGAGAAAAGAAAAAAUAAACAAUUUAGUAAAUAAAUUCGUCUGUGAGAGUGGGUGUGACUUGACGUGUAGUGAAAGUAACAAAAAAAACGUGAUGUGGAAUAAAGGCAAAAAAAUGCAACAAACAAAAAAAUACCCGUAAUGAACGAUAUGAUUUAGCAAUCGUCUCGCGUGCGAGACAGCAAAAAAAAAGGUUUUAAACUUUAUUCGAUAGUUUUGUAGCAGAGUUCUGGAGAGUGUGCAAGAAAAGUUUGCGGAAAAGCAAAAGCGAAAAGAAAUCAGAAUAUUAUUAUGGAUUAUUUAAAGAACCCUGUAAUAGAAGUAUAUUAGUUGUCAGUUGUAUUAAGAUUAUACAAGGUACACCGUAAGAAAUUAUAUUAAAUCAAUUGUUAUAAGUGAAAUCCAACACAA